ACCCAAUCUCCGCCCCUUCUCAUCACAGCAGAUCCAAACUACCCUGAGUCUUACCGGAUCUGCUCCAUCGCUUCCCACGUCAGGGUCCUGGGCGGGGCCCCAGGCGCCUCCAUCUGCCUCCGAAUUUUCUGGAACCGGGCGGCCUUUUUCUGUCGUUUCAAGGUGCUGGGGGAGAGAACCAACGGCAGAAGCCAUGCUUGGGGGCAAAACGAGCUGCUGCAGAGCCUCGGACUAAAUCAAAAGGAGCCCAGCCCUCUUCUCUUUGUUCGCAGGGGCCGCCGAGCCACGUGUGUUGGCUGACACCCGCUCCGUACACUCCCCAGAAUCUAAACCCUAACACAGCCCGUGAGAAGGCCAAACUUCCUAAACAGGUGAUGAAAUACGUCCCUAGCGAAGAAACCUGUGGUCCCUAGGCAGCCGCACAGCUGCCUCCGCGCCCUCUCACAACGGGUGAGAAACAAGGGCUGCGGCGGCGCGACGCCCGGCUCCGAGGGGGCGCCGCGGCCUGGAGCGCCGGGGCGCGAAGCCCUUCCUCAUGCUGAGGGUCCGGGAAGGAGCUGGUACCUCUCCACCUCCUGCAGCUCCCGCUCCUCCGGCUCCCAGUCGGAAUCAGGAUCCGGCUCGCGGCCUAGAGCGCCGGGGUCCGCCACCCCCCGAGUCGCGAACCCACACCGAGCGACGGCAGCACGGACGCGCGCGCCCAGCAAGAGGCUCAGGGCGACCGCCAUGUUGACAACCGCCGCCCGACCGCCCGCAACCGCAGCACCGGAAGUCUGGGGGCGGGGUCGGAAGUGGAAAGGCGGGCCGGAAGCAGGGAUGGCUGCGCGUCUGGUCCGCUUCCGGCAUAGGGCCGGAUAGCUGCGCUUGAACCUGUACGCGAUUCACCCUUCCCGGCUGUGAGUGUGGAGGACCGACCUGAGACGCAAGGGCCAGAAUGAGAAUAAAGGGAAGACCCCCAGCUACUGAAGGGAAGCCAAGGAGUGACUCUCUUCUGAAGCUAGGCAGGACUGACUGUCCCCGCCGAUCGCGAGGGGGAGCCCGCUCUCCCUUCCCCCCCCACUGGGUUUCGCUUCUAGCUCAGAGAUCCCGGCGGCGGCAGCGGCGCCUCCUAGAGCAAGCCUGUAGCAGCCGCCACCGCUGUCGCCAUGGACACGAGGGCGGCCCCCAUUGGAGAAGCGUUCUGGGGGCGGGGCCUCUGCGGCGGGUCUCGCGCUGGGGCCGCUGGGACUUGUGGUCCUUCUGCUUCUGCGCCACCUCAGCUCGUCUCCCUGAAGCCUGUUUCGAACCAGCCUCUUGGAAUUUGGCUGAGUCUGUGUCCGGGGCAAACGCCUGCUUGCCCUCCCUUGGGUUUGUCGCGUCCGCCCUCGGGAGGGACGGCGGAGAGGAUUGCUCUGUGCUGCCCCGAGAGUAACAGGACGGCCGCGUCUUCGCGCUUCUUCACCGUCGCCCUCCGACUUCUGUGCCACACUCGCCGCAUUCUGUUCACCGUGUCAUUUUAAGAUUAUCCCACGUGCCUACAUCUAAAGGACACUUAGGAAUCUCCCUCCUUUAAAAAGACCUGGACAUUUCCUGAUUCAUGCAUUUCUUGCUUUUUAAAAAAAGAUUGUAUUUUUUUAUUCA